AUUUGGCAGAGGUGAAUUUGCAGCUCUGCCGGAGACAGUCUCGGCUAACAUCGCUCCGUUUGAAAUCUUCCUCUUGUCCUUUUCUCUCAGCGUGGAGCGCACUAACUGGAACGUGGAGGACGAGGUGGAGAGCGCCGUGAGGCCCCCCAGCGCUCAGGAGGCGUCCCUGAGACUCCAGUGUAACGGUCUGAGUGAAGACUCCAGCUCCGAGACCAGCAGCUACUCCGAGAACAGCAGAACCACCUCGGGCUCGUCGGUGGGCGGCGUCCCACAGGUGACGGUGGCCUACCUGAGCCCUCUGGUCCUGAGGAAGGAGCUGGAGAGUCUGCUGGAGAACGAGGGCGAGGCGGUCCUGGCUCAGCCUCAGUUCCUGGAGAACCACUCCAUCAUCUUCUGGAACCUGGUGUGGUACUUCCAGCGCCUCGGCCUGCCCAGUAACCUGCUGCAGCUGGUCAGAGCCUCGCCACUGGUCAGCCAGUUCACACAGGUGACUCAAUUUGGCAGAGGUGAAUUUGCAGCUCUGCCGGAGACAGUCUCGGCUAACAUCGCUCCGUUUGAAAUCUUCCUCUUGUCCUUUUCUCUCAGCGUGGAGCGCACUAACUGGAACGUGGAGGACGAGGUGGAGAGCGCCGUGAGGCCCCCCAGCGCUCAGGAGGCGUCCCUGAGACUCCAGUGUAACGGUCUGAGUGAAGACUCCAGCUCCGAGACCAGCAGCUACUCCGAGAACAGCAGAACCACCUCGGGCUCGUCGGUGGGCG